UUGUUUUUAUGUCAGAUGAGGCUGAUCUAUUAUUGCACUGCUUUGCUGCUGCUCAUCCUUCUGCCCAGAACGUGUCAAGGUGGCAACAUCUUGGUCUUUCCUAUGGAAGGCAGCCACUGGAUAAACAUGGAUAUCCUACUUCAAGCUCUGCACUCCAGAGGACAUAAUGUCACGAUUGUGCGUUCAAGCCAAAGCUGGUACAUCAAGGAUAACUCCACGUAUUACAGUACCUACACAGUUCCAAUAGAAAUUGGCUUUGAGAGGGAGUUCAUCUCAAGAACCAUUUCUGAGAUCAUAGAUUUUCAACGGGGAGCUCUUCCCUUGACAAGUUUUUUCCAUUUGGCUGUCGGCAUGCUUGGCACACUUACUGAAGCUCACAGAGGUUUGGAUGAAUUUGCAUCAGGGAUGCUAGAUGACAAAAAGUUCAUGAGAACGUUGAAUGACACCAAGUUUGACCUGGUCCUCACUGAUCCCUGCUGGGGAGGUGGAAUCAUUCUGGCCAAAUAUUUGAACCUUCCUUUGGUUUAUAAUGUUCGCUGGCUCAUACCUGAAGAAGCUCAUAUUUCCAUUGCCCCUUCACCCAUAUCUUAUAUUCCUAUCAUGGGAUCUGGCUUAACUAAUCAGAUGACCUUUUUCCAGAGAGUUAAAAACAUGAUUUACUAUGUAGUAUCCCAAACACAAAAGCAUCUGGUGGCAAAGAAAGUAUAUCAGAAAAUAUGUGACAAAUAUCUUGGACCCAAUAAUGAUUUUAACCAGUUAAUGAUUGAUGCAGACAUCUGGCUGAUGAGAGCGGACUUUGUGUUUGAGUUCCCUCGUCCCACAAUGCCUAAUGUUGUGUACAUGGGAGGGUUCCAGUGUAAACCUGCUAAACCUCUGCCUCAACACUUGGAGGAGUUUGUGCAGAGUUCUGGAGAGCAUGGAGUCAUCAUCAUGUCUCUGGGGACUUUUGUGAAUGAACUACCUGCUGACAUGGCAAAUGAGAUCGCUGCAGCUUUUGCUAAACUUCCUCAGAAAGUCAUCUGGAGGUAUAAAGGCAGCAGACCAUCCACUCUGGCCAACAACACUUUAUUGGUGGACUGGAUGCCUCAGAACGACCUUCUAGGACAUCCUAAAGUAAAAGUGUUUGUGGCUCACGGAGGAACAAACGGAGUCCAAGAAGCUCUUUAUCAUGGAGUCCCAGUUGUGGGCAUCCCCGUGGCAUUUGACCAAUAUGACAACUUGCUCCGACUAGAAGACAGAGGAGCAGCUAAGAUUCUUACAUUAUCUACAGUGGACAAAGACAACAACUUCCUAAAAGCUAUCCAGGAGGUCCUGAAUGAACCCUCCUACAGGAUGAACAUGCAGAGACUCUCCAGGCUGCACAGAGAUCAGCCAAUAACACCGAUGGAUAACGCCCUCUUCUGGAUCGAGUUUGUCAUGAGACACAAAGGUGCAGCUCACCUGAAACCAGCAUCACUCAGAAUGUCCUGGUAUUCCUACCACUCUGUAGACGUAGCUCUGUUCCUGGGUGGAGCUGUGCUGCUCAUGCUUCUAUCUACUUUCUUCUUGAUUAGGUGUUUGUGUAAUGCAAUGUGUAAACCUAAAGUGAAACGUGAGUAAUGAUUUAAGGGAUAUACAGACAGGUGAAAAAUUAAACCAACUUCUCUUUUCGGUUUGGACCCCACAACAUAACAAAACCACCAGAUCUUCUCUCCGUAGUGUUCAAGUAUUCAGUCCAUUUUCUUAGUGCACACCACACAUGCAUCCGUCUAUUUGUUAAGACAGUGGUGAAGGAUGACUCAUUUCACCAGGGUUAAUAGAAUCUGACUCCCUUUUGGAGCCAUCCUCAAUUAUAAAUUCUAAGAAAUGCAGUUUUUGCCUCUUCUACACUGGCUUUGUUUUUCAGUUCCAGACAUUGCCACUUAACGCUGUAGAUCAAAAUCUCCAACCCUCUUUUCUUAUGUUUUCCUGUAGAUAAAAUGCAGACUUGAGACAUGUUAGUAUUCCCAUUGAAAACAGUGCCAGUUAACUGGUCUUUGUGGCUGAAGCUCCUGCCAUCCGUUCCAGAGCAAUGAACCCUUUCUUAGACUCACUUCAAUCUUUCCUUCUUUCAGUCGUGAUAGAAAACCAGCAACAACUGGGUCAGCAUUUUUCAUUUUUUCACAUGCAACAAAUUCUGACUGGACGUUAACUACUUCAUUGUGAAUUGUAGCAUGUAUGUUGGUUGUGUUUCUCCACUCUUCAAUUUAGUUUUUCCUUUUAUUUGUUACCUGUCUGUACAAUAUGUCAACAAAUUCUAUUUUUAAACUGAAUGCCAUGAAAAAAUUGCAUUUAUCAUGAGAUUAUUAUGGAAUUGCUUAAUAUUCAGAUUUUAGUAAAUUAUUUGGAUUAACUAAAUGGAUGUUGUGACCAUCUUCAUAAUAACAUGGUAGAAUUGAAUCAGAAGGAAUGAAUGUAAAUUUGGUUUGAAAUUAUUUGUCCCAUUGUGGAUAUUUAUACUCAAUCUAGGUGUUGAAAUCAUUUUCAGUUCUGUGUAUAUGUGUGUUUCUGUGUUUAUACCUGAAUAGGCAUGUGAAGCGUACAGGUUAUGAGGGUCUCCCAGUUGUUUUAAUACCAGAAUGUGUACUUUUUUUAACUCUUUGUAGAACAUUUCAAAAGAAAACCAUUACACAAUACUGAAAAAAGAAAUGUCAAGCUGUAAGAGAACUGUACAAUAAAUCAG